AAACCAAAUCAAACCCGGAUCAAAUUUCAACUCCUGCAAUUCUCUCUCUCUCUCUCUCUCUCUCUCUCCUGCAGAGGAUCAGCUAUGGCGAGCGAGCAUGAGCACGAGCCUGCGAAGGUGCUGCUACCGUAUCUCCAACGAGCCGAUGAGUUGCAGAAACACGAACCUGUCGUCGCUUACUACUGUAGGCUUUAUGCGAUGGAUCGAGGUCUGAGGAUUCCGCAGAGCGAGCGAACUAAAACCACCAAUGCCCUCCUCAGUUCCCUCAUAAAACAGCUUGAAAAGGACAAAAAAUCGCUAACUCUGGGGCCAGAAGACAAUUUGUAUCUGGAGGGUUUUGCCUUGAAUGUGUUUGGGAAGGCAGACAAACAAGAUCGUGCUGGGCGUGCUGAUUUGAAUACUGCAAAAACAUUUUAUGCUGCUAGCAUCUUCUUCGAGAUUCUCAGCCAAUUUGGGCCUCUUCAGCCAGAUCUUGAACAAAAACAGAAGUAUGCUGCAUGGAAGGCAGCAGAUAUAAGGAAAGCCUUGAAAGAAGGAAGGAAGCCAGUACCUGGGCCACCCUCUGGUGAUGAUGAUCUCUCUAUACCAUCAAGUACACCAAGUGGUUCAUAUGACCUUGGGCCUAGUGAAUCUACUUUCUCCAAUGCUGGACCAGAAGCUGAUUCGUCACCUCAGGUCCAUGAUAAAUUGGACCACCAACAUCAUCACUCUGCAGGCAUUCCUCCAUCUUCUAGUUCUUAUUCAUCUGCCAGUUAUCCGUCUCAUGACUUUCAGCCACCUUCUCCUCCAAUUACAAGAGCUGCGAGUUCUACUUACUCAUCAUACAGUCCUCCAAACUAUCCUCAAGAAUCCUCGCACCCUCCCCCAAACUAUCCUCAAGAAUCCUCACACCCUCCCCCAAACUAUGCUCAAGAAUCCUCGCACCCUCCCCCAAACUAUCCUCAAGAAUCCUCACACCCUCCCCCAAACUAUGCUCAAGAAUCCUCACAUCCUUCUCUGAAUCGCCCUUCAGAUGUGAAACACCAUUUACCACAUAGUUAUCCCUCAGAUCAACUGCCACAGAUUCCACAUAAUUAUCCUUCAGAACCACAGCAGAAUAUUCCACUUACUUACCUAUCAGAAUCACAACACCACUUACCAAAUAGUUAUCCUUCUCAGGAGACCCCUGUCUACUCAUAUCCCCAUUUCCAAUCCUAUCCGAGUUUCACGGAAAGUAACCUCUCAUCGGUCCCAUCUCAAUAUUCUUCUCACUACCAAAGCCAUGAUGUGUCUUACCCUCCGCAGUCAGAUCAUCAAACCUCAAAGAGCUAUGCUUCAACUGCUCAGUAUGGGGCUGGGAACCGAAAUGGAACUACUCCAGAAGCUCCUCCUGCAGAAACAUACAAAUACGACAGUAACUACCAGCCGCCACCCGAAAAAAUCGCCGAGGCACACAAAGCUGCUAGGUUUGCUGUUGGGGCAUUGGCAUUUGAUGAUGUUUCCAUUGCAGUGGACUACUUGCGAAAAUCUCUUGAACUGCUGACAAAUCCGUCGGCAGGUCAGUAAACAAUCAGUUGCUGAUGCUACGGUCUGCAUCCUGGAGGGCUUGAUUCGUGAGGUAACAAGGGUUGUAAUUUUCGUCCGGACAUUAUGUGAGUCUAGGUUGCUGCCUGCCAUCUGAUUUCAUGCACCAAGUACGAAGGAUG